AUGGAGUCCCCGAGAAUCACAAUACCAGUUAUGAAACAUACAAGAAUGAUUAAAAACCAGGAAGAAAAGAGCUUAUUGACAACAGAAAAACAGAACUUCCUACUUUUUGACAUGACCACACAUCCCCUCACCAACAACAACAUUAAGCAGCGCCUCAUCAAGAAGGUACAGGAAGCUGUUCUUGACAAGUGGGUGAAUGACCCUCACCGCAUGGACAAGCGCCUGCUGGCCCUCAUUUACCUCGCCCACGCCUCGGAUGUGCUGGAGAAUGCCUUCGCUCCCCUGCUGGAUGAGCAGUAUGAUUUAGCCACCAAGAGAGUGCGGCAGCUCCUCGACUUGGAUCCUGAGGUGGAAUGCGUGAAGACCAACGCCAACGAGGUCCUGUGGGCGGUGGUGGCGGCCUUCACCAAGUAA